ACACCAUCCUUUGUCAAUGUUAUUACAAUAAAUACAUCCCAUCGCUUCUGCAACGACUUACAUUCACUCAUGACGCGGAAGAUAAGAAACUGUCACCAAAAAUUGAUAUACGAGAUCGAGAUUCCUCGGAAAUCACUUCCGGUCACAUUUUCCAAGUCGAUGUUCCUCUGUUAUGUGUUGAUAAGAAUUAUAGAUUCCUUUACUCUUACCUGAUUCGUCAUCACAAAGCAGUUCCGCUAGGACUCUACAGGCACGUGAUUCACAAGAAAGAGGGGAUGAG